AUGAUUCGAAGUGGAGAUGUCGCCAAACUGCCUGGAACUCGAAUCCAAAACCGUUGUGUGGUAAUAUCAGUCGGUCUAGAUGCUGUUGAUGGCCUAAUGGGAGGAGGGCUGCCUGUUCACAAUUUGUAUUCUAUCUCAGAGACUGUCGGCCAGAAGUUUGGAAGUUAUUUUGCCAAGUAUUUUGUGGCCGAAGGAUUAAACAGUCAACAACAAGUUGUGAUAGCUGGUCUGUCUGAGCCAGAAUAUCUGAAUGAAAUACCAUCGUGUUCGGUUGAAAAGAAUGAUUUGGAGGCUCUAAGAGGAGGAAGUGUAAAGCCUGGAGAAGAUAUGACAAUUGCUUGGAGAUAUUCUACUAUGUCACCUUUGAAUUCGGCUUUAAGUGGAAGAGAUAAGACAAAGUUUGAUCUGGUGAAGACGGUUGAUAUAUCUACGUUUGAUGCAAAGUUAGUAACAACUAAUUCUUAUAAGAAACUGUAUGAAGACCUGGUUUCUUUGCUACAAAGUGACGACUAUAAAGCCAAAACAGGCAAAAAGAUGUUGAGGAUAGUGGUUAAUGACGUUGGAAGCCCGUUGUUUGAAGACUCUGACAAUUAUUUUACAUUCUUGAGGAAACUGAAGGUGUUGUUGAUGAACACAAACGCAGUGUGCUUGUUAAUUGUUAACGAGAAGUUGUUUACCACGCCAGAACUGGAUGAUAUUGUCAAUGUUUCUGACUGUUUCUUCAGAAUCGAACCGCACGAUGAAGAUGUUAAACGAGAUUUGGCAUUAGAAGACAGCUACGAUGGUCGAUUCCACAUUCGAAAACUACCUCAUCUAAACUCUUUUGCUACGAAUAAGCCUAAUUGUGUUGAUCUUGUUUUUGAAAGGCAUCGACAUUACUUGGAGAUCAAGAUAUUACACUUGCCAGCUGUGAUGGGAGGGGCUCAACCGGUCAAAUCUGCUUGUCAGACUAUAGCCGAUUCUUUUUGA